UCAGUACUUCAGUACUCUGUCCCAUCCGGCUUAGAGGGCUUAGAGGGGCUUAGAGCGCUUAGAGAGCGUGGUGAACGGAAGAGAUGGACGGGAACAGCGAAGGUUUGGAUAGAAAGCAAACUUAUAAGAAAAGCAAACGAAAAAAGAAAAUUACGUGGAAUAAGAGUAAAAACAAUAAACUGAAGAGUGAAGUGGCUUCCAUACAGAGUCUUAAAGAGGCAUACAAUAAUAUAGAUGCAUCAAAAGUGAACUCUUUCAAGGAUUUUCCACUUUCCCAGAAAACUCUUAAGGGACUUAAAGAAUGUGGUUAUGUGAAGCCCACAGAAAUACAGCAACAAAGUAUUGGCCUUAGUCUCUGGGGUUUAGAUAUCUUAGGUGCUGCCAAAACGGGAAGUGGAAAGACUUUAGCUUUCCUUAUUCCGGUGCUUGAAGCUCUGUACUGCAAACAGUGGACCAGACUAGAUGGUAUUGGAGCGCUUAUUAUCACACCUACUAGAGAGUUAGCAUACCAGAUAUUUGAGACUUUACGUAAAGUGGGUUACUACCAUGACAUGUCUGCAGGGCUUAUCAUAGGUGGUAAAGAUCUACACUUCGAGAAGAAGAGAAUGGACAAGUGCAACAUACUUAUAUGUACCCCAGGCAGACUGUUGCAGCACAUGGAUGAAAACCCACUGUUUGACUGCAGUAACAUGCAGAUAUUGGUACUGGAUGAGGCAGAUCGAUGUUUAGACUUGGGGUUUGAAGCCACAAUGAAUAAUAUCAUUGAAAAUCUACCCCCAGAAAGGCAAACAUUGCUAUUUUCUGCAACCCAGACAAAAUCAGUUCGGGACUUGGCGAGACUUAGUCUUAAGGAUCCCAUGUAUGUAUCAGUGCAUGAACACGCCAAACAUAGUACACCAGAAUCUCUGCGACAGAGUUACAUUAUCUGUAACCUUCAUGAUAAAAUUAACAUGUUGUGGUCCUUCAUCAGGAAUCAUCUCAAACAGAAGAUUCUUGUGUUUAUGGCAAGUUGUAAGCAAGUCAAAUAUGUUUAUGAAAUGUUCUGCCAUCUGCGACCUGGCACCACCCUGCUGGCUCUCUAUGGAACCCUGCAUCAACUGAGGCGUAUGGCUAUCUAUGAAUCAUUCUGUCGGAAAUCAAAUGCUGUCCUGUUUGCCACUGACAUUGCAGCCAGAGGUUUAGAUUUCCCAGAAGUGGACUGGGUUGUCCAAUUAGAUUGUCCAGAGGAUGCAAAUACUUACAUUCACCGUGCUGGAAGGACAGCCAGAUAUCACAAAGGAGGAGAGUCCCUUCUUGUGUUGCUUCCAUCAGAAGAACAAUGUAUGGUGGAAGAACUCAAUGCAAAGAAGAUACCUGUCAGUAAGAUAAAAAUCAACCCAAUGAAAUUACAGUCUCCUCUACGGAAAAUGGAGGCAUUUUUGGCGAGAGAUCCCAGUUUAAAAGAAUCAGCUCAACGUGCAUUUGUCUCUUACGUGAAAUCUAUAUUUCUUAUGAAAAACAAGAAAAUAUUCAACAUACAUGCCCUGGACACUGAGUUGUAUUCCAGAUCUUUAGGGUUGGCAGUACCACCAAGAAUCAGGUUUCUUCAGAGAGCUCAGAAACAGCGAGGACAGCAGAUAACAAAACCUGAGAACUUGGGAAAGGAUUCAGAUUUGUGGGUUUUACCUAGUUCAGAUGCACUGAAUUCUCAGAAAUUUAGGAACACCAGUAGCAGUGAAAGCUCAGAUGAAGAAAGCAAUCAGAAGCAAGGCACUAGAUUGACACAGCAGUCCCUGGCCUUUGGGAAUGAUGACAGUGACAGUGAACUGGAUGUACUGAAGGUAAAACGUAGAGACCAUGAGUUGGAAAUGGAAAUUCCAUCACCAGAGGAAAAUUUCCAUCAGAAUGCAAAAAAGAAAGUUCUUACAAAAGUGGCUAUGGCAAAAAAAAUUCUCAAGAAGAAGAUUAUAGCUAACAAAAAGACAUUAUUCAAUGAUGAAGGACAGGCUGUGUUGGACCAUGCAAAGGAAAAAGUUUCAGAUCUUGCCAGAGAAUAUGAAUCACAGAUUAGAGGUGGAAUUGACAUUGAAGAAGCAAAGCAAGUGCUGAGGGAAGAAGACAAGUAUGACAAGCAACGUUUCAGAGACAAGAUCAAAGCUAAACACAGGGAAGAAAAAGUGAAGUUAAAAAAGGCAAGACAUGAACAGAAAAAGCAAGAAAAGUCUGAAUCUGAGGAGGACUUUGACAAUGAAGAGGAUGCUGAGGAGGGUCACCUGGACUUAUCCUGGCUACCGGAUCCUGACAAAGUGUAUCCCUUAAGGGAUAUGGGUGCUGAAGACUCUGAUAGGAAUGAACUGUCUCAUGCUGGAAGAGGCAGUGAUGGCGAUGGUGAUGAUUAUGACAGUGAUGAUGAUGAUGAUGGUGAUGGUGACAGCUGCUUAGAGGAGGAAGAUAAGAAUCACAUGUUCCAGCCGUCAAAGAGAAAAAGAUUUCGAGAAGAUGAGCCAUUGGAUACUGGCCUUUCAUUACAGGAAGACGAAGACCUGGCAGUGCACCUUCUACGAAACGCAAGAUAAAGUUCAUGAGUUGAAAAGUUGUAGUUAUGCAGGAAGUAUGUGUGUUGUUCCAUCAAUAAAUGAGCCAACUGUUCA